UGGGCUGGUUUCAAACUGCCUGCAUGCUAAGAGUUGUUGGAAAUGGUAAUUAAUAAAAUGUCUCCAACAUCUCUAAAGAUCACACUAAGGCAGCUCAUGGAGGGGUCUUCAAAGACUUUGCAAGAAGUAUUAACUAUGGAAUAUCGGCUCAGUCAAGGUUGUAUGAGAGGACAUGACUUUCAUGAAGGCGUUAGAGCUGUUUUAAUUGAUAAAGACCAGAGUCCAAAGUGGAAGCCAGCUGAUCUAAAAGAAGUAACUGAUGAAGAUUUGAAUAAUUACUUUAAGUCUCUGGGAAACAAUGACUUGAAAUUUUGAGGUGACAGGACUUUUAAGGUGUGGUUUGGAGCCAGAGUUGGCCAACUGGCACACAGUUCAGCCCAACGCCUGUCUCCAUGCAAAUUGCAAGCUAAGCAUGUUUUCUGCACUUUCUGGGUUGGGAAAAGAAAUCAAAGACUAAUAUUAAUACUUCAUGGUAUGAAAAGUAUAUAAAAUGCAAAUAUCAGUGUUCACAAAUAAAGUUUUAUUGGAACACAGCUAUACUCAUCUGUGUAGAUAUGACCUUCAGCUGCUUUGAAUCGAGUCAUUGCAACAGAGGUGCAAAGGCCCUCUAUUCCUUAAAUACUUACUGUUUGGUUUUUGUCAGAAAAAGUUUGCCAAUGCUUGUUUUAGAAAAUGAGAAAAUUUGAAGAUCAGUACCGAUUCUUGAGUCAAUAUAUCUAAUUGAAGUGGGAACUUUGUUUGGCUUUGGGAAGUGGUUUAUUUUUGAUUAAAUAAACUUAGAUAAACUUAAAAAAUAAAGAUCCUGAAAUAUU